AGAACUCCUACUGCAACUACUUACCUAAGGCCACAGUCUGAACAAUACUUGUCAAUGAACACAGCCUGCAGGUUUUAUCUCUGAACGCCGCGUUCUAAUGCGCACCACUGAUUGUUUUUCUUCGCAACUUAUAGAUAGAAAUUCAUCGCAUCUGCACCAAACAUCUAGCAGCUUCGCCGCUCGCCACACGACCACAUCUAGCUGGCCCAUACGGUCGCCGACCAAGAUCUUGCUCUACACCGCCUGUUGCAUACAACUGCAUAUUUGGCAGACCCAUGUCCGACCUGUAUCGCUCUGCGCUUUCAGCGCGCAUCUCGAAGCUGCCCAUGCUACCUCCCGAUUCCGACGAGGAAGACGAGGAGUCGGAAGCGGCAGAUUCGCUCGGAUCGCUACCUCCGCCUGUAUCAGGCAUCGGUCCCACUACAAUGCCAGGCACCCGCGCACACACGUCCGCACAACGCAAACGCGUUCCCAACCUCGAGCUCACGCCACUCUCCGCCUCUAACUACUUCGCGCAAGCGACCCAGAUCGCCGUGCCCGACUCGGGGCUGGACGUCCGCGCGUACUACACGCCGCCGCGGGUGAGCGAGGGCGGAGACGCGGGGACGGUGAUGGUGUGCCACCACGGUGCGGGACAGUCCGCACUCACAUUCGCGCUCCUGGCGGGGGAGGUGACGGAGCUGAGUCGCGGGGAGUGCGGCGUGAUGGCGCUGGAUUGCAGGGGGCAUGGCAAGACGGCCACGACGGUGCCGAGGCCGGGGCUGGAGGGCGGCGAGGAGGACUUCUCGAUCGACACCCUAACGAGCGACUUUGUGAAUACGUUGAAGGUGAUCUAUCCUGAUCCCAGCGCGGCGCCUACGAUAUUGCUUGUCGGCCACUCCCUCGGCGGCUCCGUGAUCGUACGCGCAUGUCCACUACUCCAAGAACUCAAGUACCGCAUCACAGGCGUCGCGGUUCUCGACAUCGUCGAAGAGUUUACGCUCGAAGCGCUCCCGAUGAUGCACUCCCUCCUCGACGCACGCCCCGCCGGGUUUGGGAGCCAGGAGGAAGCCAUCGAGUGGCACCUGAAGACCAACGCCGUCCAUAACCCACUCUCCGCGCGCGUCUCCGUGCCCGCGACCAUCCAGCCCGCACCCGAGGGCACGUCCCCUCCCUGGAUCUGGCGGACUCCCCUUCGGAGCACGGCGCCCUACUGGACGAGCUGGUUCACCUCGCUCUCGAAGCUGUUCCUCUCUGCGCGGACGGCGCGCCUGCUCGUGCUCGCGGGCGCGGAGCGGCUCGACCGCGAGCUGAUGAUCGGCCAGAUGCAGGGCAAGUUCCAGCUGACUGUCGUACCGGGCGUGGGGCACAUGCUCCAGGAGGACGAUCCGAGGAAGCUGGCGGAGGUGCUGGUCGAGUUUUGGAGGCGCAACGAGAGGGUCAUACCAGGUGUCAAGAAGGUCGGAGAGCGUUGACUCAGGUAUAUACUUACGCAGAGAAAGAGAUUCGAGAAGAACGCAGCAUUGUAUAAUCUAACUCAGAAUGGUAGAUGACGACGCGUGCCAUGGGACGGCGGAGCAAGUUUGAAAGAUGUGUGCGCGAGGCCCAAACGGCUGCAACGACUCGGACGCGCAUAACACAGUGAUACUGUGAGGAUGAUACAUGCGCUGUGUAACUGCAAUGGAUUGGA